GCCUGGGAGUGGGGCGGGGCUCCUGGAGGCGUGCUGCAGCCACGUCCCGCGGUACCCCGGAGAAGCCGACCCCUGUGGCUUGGAGAUCCUCAGGGUUGCAGACAUGUCCGAGGUGAAGAGCCGGAAGAAGCCGGGACCCAAGGGGGCUGCCGCCGAGCCCGAGAAGCGGAGCGAUGGCAGGAAGAACCCCGAAGCACGGGGCGGCGCGGGCUGGGCGGACCCCCGCACCGGGCUCAGCCUGCUGUCGCUGGCGACGUGCCUGGGCCUGGCCUGGCUUGUAUUUCAGCAGUCGGAAAAGUUUUCGAAGAUGGAAAACCAAUACCAGUUACUGCAAAUGGAAAGCAGUGAGUUUCAAGGACUACAGAAUAAAAUCAGUUUAAUUUCAGACAAGCUUGAGUCUACUGAAAGUAUCCUGCAGGAAGCUACAUCGUCCAUGGUUCUGAUGACCCAGUUUGAACAGGAAGUAUCUGGCCUCCAAAGAUCCAUACAGGACAUUGAGAAUAGUGAAGAGAUGCUCACACAGAAGAUGCAAAACCUUACUGAGAAAUUCCAGAACAUUACAAAUUUCUGGAAGAGAACCCUGGCAGAAAUGAGGAAUACUACAACCAUUCUCAAAUCAGAAGCGAAGCAUAUACAUUCUCAAGUAACCGUGGAAAUUAACUCAGCCGAGCAAGAAAUGAAAUUACUCAGUGAACAGCUAAAAGAUUUGGAAGACAGCACCCUGAGAAACAUCAGAACAGUAAGCAGGCAAGAAGAGGAGGACCUUCUCCGAGUACAGGCACAGCUGAGCUCUGAUUCGAAAGCAGUUGAGAAGCUGGAAGAAGAGCAUCGUGCUCUCCUAGCCAGACAUGAAGAUUUGACCAGUAAACUUGCCAACUUCGAACCCAAAGUUGAGGAGUGCAGGGCACAUUUGCCAGCUAUAGAAAAUGGGAUCCACUCUGUUCUCAGAGUCUCUCAGGAUCUGAUGGGGACAGAAAAGAAAAUGGAAGACCUUACUCUGCAGAUGUUUAACAUGGAAGAUGACAUGCUAAGGGCAGUGUCUGAUAUAAUGGAGAUGCAGAAGACCCUGGAGGGAAUUCAGUAUGACAAUAGCAUAUUAAAGAUGCAGAACGAACUGGUUGUUCUAAAAGGGAAAGUUCACGAUUUCAUAGCCUAUUCAAGUGCAAGAGAGAAGGGGACUUUGGGGAAAUAUGACCUAGAAAAUAAGGGAGCUGAUGAUUAUUAAGUUCCCUGUACACUUUUGAUGGACUGUAUUAUUCAGUGGAAAUCAGUCAGUUCUACGUUUUUUUAGUCAUUUUGCUCUGCCUCACUUUAUAGAGAAUAAGUGGAGUAUGGACCACAUAGAGUGUGCACAUAAUCAAAGUUCUCUCUUUUUAAGCUCUAAAACUUAUUUUAACCAUUUUAAAUAGAAAUAGUUCUGCUGGGAGGUGGUGGCG